AGAGAGAGAGAGAUGAGCUCAUAGCGAAGAUUGAAGGAGAGAGAGAACAAAAGGGAGGCAAACAGUUUAGACCACCGCCCAGAGCAGAACUCAGGAAGCUGCUUUCCGGUAAUUCCUCUCAGGCGUAGCGGUCAGCAGGACGAACGCAGCAUGGAGCAAAAGCUGGACAGCAUCGCGACUCAGUUCACAGAUAUGAUGGAGGAGCUGAGGAGAGAAAUCAGAGAAGUGGGAAAACUGCAGGAUUUAGAGAAGAGACAGAAAACUAUGGAAGCAACGCUGGAGGAGCUGAAGAAGGACAAAGAGAAAAAGGUCGCCUUUUCUGCAUCACUGUUGGCCUCUGGAGAGGGACACACUGGACCCAUGAACCCUGUGCCGUCACCACUGAUCUACAAAAAAGUCUCCAGCAACUACGGAAACGGCUACGACCCAAAUACAGAAGUGGAAAAACUGCAGGAUUUAGAGAAGAGACUGAAAAAUGUGGAAGAAACGCUGGAGAAGGAAAAAGAGAAAAAGGUCGCCUUUUCUGCAUCACUGUUGGCCUCUGGAGAGGGACACACUGGACCCAUGAACCCUGUGCCGUCACCACUGAUCUACAAAAAAGUCUUCAGCAACUAUGGAAACGGCUACGACUCAAAUACAGGGAUUUUCACUGCUCCGAUUAAAGGAGUUUACUUUUUCAGGUUUUACGCUUUCUGUCACCCUGGCACCAAAAUGGCUGUCAGCCUGUACAAAAAUGAUGAGAGGCAGUGCUCUGUGUUUACUUGGAAGCCAGUAACCAACGGCAACGCCAGCAAUGGGAUUGUUCUGACUCUGGAGGAGGGAGAUCGGAUCUACACCAAGCUCUGGGAUGAUACCUGGGUGAACGAUGAUCCAAACGGCUACACAAGUUUCAGUGGAUUUUUGCUUUUCCCCCUUUAAAUGUAAACCUGAAAUUCUGAAACGUCAUAGAUUCUGCAUUUACAUUACGUCUUAUUUUCUGGAUGUGGGUUAUAUGGCAGGCCUUGCAAGCA